CGAGUCUGCCCAGCAUCAAACGCACAUGUCGGGUGUGUUGUGCUGAGGAUUGCAGUGAUAUUACAGCAUUUAAGUGAACCGUUGCGGGCUGUCACGUUGCUGUGUGCUCUCACAAUGCGAUAAGCUUCUCGGUCAAUGAUAAAAAACAAUCAUUAAAAUCAGGGUUAUUGUAGAAAACACUUUGUGUAAAGGAGCUGACACGCUAGCCGGCGUGACUGCAGGCGACUGCUGUUUGACUUCACCGGACUGAAGGCUUUGGGGCUUCCUGCCGUGCGACACCAUGAGCUCCAGGGUGUGUAAGAGCUGCGGCAGCUCGGACAUCGAUGUUGACCAGGCGCGUGGAGAUGCGGUCUGUAUGGGCUGCGGCUCCGUGCUGGAGGACAACAUCAUCGUGUCUGAGGUGGAGUUUGUGGAGACGGGAGGCGGAGGGUCGUCGGCUGUCGGACAGUUCGUCUCCUCAGAAGGUGGAGGUCCAAACCCGUCUUUCGGUGACGGGCACUUCACAGGUGUGGGCAGAGAGUCCAGAGCUCAGACACUGCAGAGAGCAAAACAGAACAUCAACACCCUGGGUCACCAGCUGCAGAUGAACAAGCACUGUCUGGACAUGGCCUUCAACUUCUACAAGAUGGCGCUCAUGAAACACCUGACCUGCGGGCGAAAGUCCAUGCACGUCGUUGCCGCCUGUCUGUACAUGGUCUGCCGUACCGAGGGAACACCACACAUGCUGCUGGAUCUCAGUGAUCUCCUGCAGGUGAACGUCUACGUGUUGGGAAAAACCUUCCUCGUACUGGCCAGAGAACUCUGCAUCAAUGCUCCUGCAAUAGAUCCGUGCCUGUACAUUCCCCGCUUCGCCCAGCUGCUGGAGUUCGGGGAGAAGAACCACGACGUCUCGAUGACGGCCAUGAGGCUCGUGCAGAGGAUGAAGAGAGACUGGAUGCACACAGGACGAAGACCCUCAGGACUGUGUGGAGCAGCUCUUCUUGUUGCCGCUCGCAUGCACGACUUUCGGCGCACCAUCAAAGAAAUUGUCGGCGUUGUGAAAGUGUGUGAAACGACACUACGGAAAAGGCUGACGGAGUUUGAGGGAACGCCCACCAGUCAGCUCACCAUCGAAGAGUUCAUGAAGGUGGAUCUGGACCAAGAGUGUGACCCUCCCUGCUUCACUGAAGGACUGAUGAAGAAGAAAGUCCGCCAGCUGGAGAACGAGCUGAAGAAAAAGAUGGAUGACGUUGAAGAUGAAAUUCAAGUUUACCAGGAUGAAAUCGACGCAGAGCUGCAGAGCAGUCGACCCAAACUGAGAGGAGUUUACGCCGCCUACACUAAAGAGAGUCCAGAAGUUAAAGACUGUGAAAAUGACAAUGACGACGCCCUCUCCACACCCUCUAAGCUAGAAGACUUCGAGGAACCCGAAGAGGAGGAUGAGCUUCAGGCUGUAGCCAAGCACUUUGGCAAAGAGCUGGAAGAAAUCACACUGGAGGCUCUGAUCAAACUGGAGCGAACGACCCCAGACGGGCAAGAGGGGGACCAGGAGCAGGAGGAUGUCCCCAAGCGGGUGGGCCCGUCGCUGGCGUCCAUUCUCGGCAGGAUGCCCACAGCAGCCACGCUCGGCAUCAGCGAGUCCAUCAGCAGCUGCAUCGGUAACGAGAAGGAGAACGAUGGCGCCGCUGACAGCGGGGAGCUGGACCUGAGCGGGAUCGAUGACAGAGAGAUAGAGCUGUAUCUGCUGAGCGACAGAGAAAUCCAAAUCAAGACGGCGCUCUGGAUGGCAGAAAACUCCGACUACCUCAAAGAGCAGAAAGAAAAGGAAGCAAAGAUAGCGAAGGAGAAGGAGCUCGGGAUCUACAAAGAAAAGAAGCCCAGAGGACCCAACAGGAAGCGGCCCCCGAUCCGAGCCAACACCGCAGACGAAGCCAUCGAGAAGAUGCUGGAGCAGAAGAAGAUCUCCACCAAGAUCAACUACGACGUCCUGAAGGACCUGAACACCAAGCCUGGAGCCAGCCCGGCUCGUGUAGCCGAGUCCCCGAAGAAGGAACCCGCGGCCGCGAAACUGACCCCGAGAAACCGCAAAUCUCCAGCUCAGCUCAGCCUCAGCAUGCCACUCAGCACCCUGGGGAAAAGGUUGCAGCCGUUCAUCAGCGGACAGCCCAACAAGAAGCUCGCUUUGGAGCAGGUUGCCAACUCCAACCCCCUGCCGGUGCCCGUGGGAGCCCCCGCCAGCAGUGUACUGGUGGAGAGCGGGCCGGUUGUCUACGAUGAUGCAGCCGCUGAUGAGGAAGAGGAAGACGAGGAGGAGGCUUGUGUCAGCGCCAUGAACCUGAUGGGCAGCGACGAUUACGGCUUCGAAGGAGAUUACGACUAUUGACUCCAGCGGGGAUCUUUGACUUCAAACUUUGGACCAUUUUGAAUCCUGAAGCAUUUCAACAUGUUUACCUCCAGGGAUACAAACAAACUGCUGCUACAUAAAGG